ACGACCUCAGACAGUCACUGAGGUCAGAUCAUUCUUAGGAAUGUGCGGCUACUAUAGAAACUUCGUAAAAAACUAUUCUACAAUCGCCUCUCCUUUGACUGAUCUUACUCAACUUGACACACCGUAGGCUUGGAGUGAUGAGUGCGAGGGUGCUUUCAAGAGAUUGAAGCAUGCACUCAUGAAUCAUGAGGUCCUCAUGGUUCCCGAUCCUCAGAAGCCAUUCAUAGUGACCACUGACGCAAGCCAAUACGGCAUUGGCGCAGUGCUGGCUCAGCAGGAUGGGAAAAAGUUGGGACCGAUUGAGUACAUGAGUAAGAAGAUGCCAUCAAAGAAGUUGGCAGAAUCCACCUAUGAAAGGGAACUCUAUGCUCUGUAUAAAACACUUGUCCAUUGGAGACACUUCCUAUUAGGAAGGUUCUUCUACUUGAGGACUGAUCAUCAGACCCUCAAAUGGAUCAAAACUCAACCGGCUCUUUCUGAUGCACUCAAGCGAUGGAUUGAGGUCAUAGACCAAUAUGACUUCAAGCUUGAGUACUUAAAGGGAGAGUACAACAAGGUUGCGGAUGCGCUAUCCCGUAGAGCAGACUACCUAGGUGCGCUAGUUUUUGAAUUUGGCGUAUCUAAUGAAGUAACUCAAUCAUUGUUGGGAGCCUAUCAGGAAGACCUUGUCACAAUGGACAUCAUGCACAAACUUCAGGCAAAAGACAAGACCACGGAAAGUGAGUUUGUGAUGGUGGACGGGUUACUCUAUCUCGAUAAGGCAGGAAUAAAAAGCAGUACCGGCGUUAGUCCUAAUCAGUUGCACUUGGGAUGGAAGCCUAGAUCAGCACUAGACUUCCUUCUGCCUGAAAACCGACCCGCUGCAACUCCAGGCACACUAGAGUAUGGUGUGCAGUAUGAGAAGUUGCUGCAAGAGGCUGUCGAGCAUAUGAAGAAAGCUCAGCAAGCAAUGAUUGCUUCUGAGAAUCAACAUCGUAGACAGUCCACAUUUCAGGUAGGGGAACGAGUUUGGGUCAAGGCUAGUGAGUUAGGACAGGAGUUCAGAAUCUCUCGCAAACUAAUGCCUCAGUACUUUGGUCCCUGGGAAGUCCUGGAUAUAGUGGGAGAGGAGAUGGAUGGUCCCGCAUAUGUCAUUCGUGUCCCUGGACACCUACGCACUCACCCAGUCUUUCAUGCCUCAAAGCUUGCACCUUUCGUUGAGACAGAUCAAUUCCCUUCCAGGAGAUCGAUGCUGCCCCCAACCAUGGAUGGACAAGUGGACAUCGACGACAUUGUGGAUCACAGGGAUAUGCCUGUUCCGAAGCCACUGGGUCGAGGAAGACCUCCUAAACCCAAGAGAGAAUACCGCGUCAGAUUCAGGCAUCAUACGGAUCCGAAAGAAGAUCUGUGGUUUACCAGGGAGGAACUGAUUGAGACAGCUCCUCAAGUGGUGGCAGAAUAUGAGAGGCUACUGAAAGGGAAGGCACCUUCGAAGUAAGCAUCUCAGCGGACUUUUGAAGCUAAGGGGGAUGGAAUGUGAGGAUUGAGCCCUCAAGU